UUAUUGGUUUCCGCAUGACUGGGAGCGUCUUUAUUCGUGUUUUUCUCGUCUUGUGGGUGGAGCCACAGUCUCAAGGAACUUUGAAUAGUGGCUUAUCAAUAUUCAUAAGGCGUCGUGACAAUAAGAAGUGAACGCAACGUAUGAGCCUGCUUAAUAUUUAUAAGUGGACUUUCGCUGUUGGAGGACAUUAAAACAUUACGGACUUAAAUUGGUCAUAGUAGGUAUUCUGACUCCCUUCUAAAGAGCUUCCUUUGGGUUCGUACUACGAGUAACGUUAGUUCAACACCCUUCCUGAUCAGCAAAUCUACGAGUUUUUUAUUUCGCUUUCAGAAGGAAAACAUCUGACAGCACAACUGGGGAAGAACAUCAAGGGCCGAACCUGAUGGUUUAAGCUGGCCUACGAUAUCUUGCAAAAAAGUGACCAUGUCGGACUCUGUGGACGCCAGACAAGUGAAUGCCAAAGAGGAUCCGUGUCUCAAAGAUGCCGGAGGUGAUCAGACGGAUGCCGGAGGCGAUCAGACGGAUGCCAAACCACGUUCAGAUGAUUUUCAAUACAACAUGAACUACCCCAGUAUGGGACAAUGUGUCAUCAUCAACAACAAGAAUUUCCAUAAAAAAACAGGAAUGGGGGUUCGUAAUGGGACAGACCAGGAUGCAAAGAAUGCGAUGGAGACCUUCACAAAUCUAGGCUUCAAAAUCAAAAUUACCAAUGACCAGACAGUCUCACAGAUGAGAGAUCUGUUAACUAAAGUGUCUCGGGAAGAUCACAGUAAGUCGGCCAUGUUUGUGUGUGUGCUGCUGAGUCAUGGAGAUGAUGGAAACAUAUAUGGUACAGACGGCUGCAUUGAGCUGAAGCAACUGUUUACGCUCUUCAGAGGAGACCGCUGCAGAUCACUGGUGGGGAAACCCAAGCUUUUCUUCAUUCAGGCUUGCAGAGGCUCAGAUCUAGAUGGUGGCAUUGAGGCCGACAGUGUAAGUGAAGAGAACACACAGAAGAUUCCUGUUGAGGCAGAUUUUCUUUAUGCCUACUCCACUCCACCAGGUUAUUACUCCUGGAGGAAUGUUGGUAAUGGUUCCUGGUUCAUCUUCUCGCUGUGUGAGAUGCUGUCAAAAUAUGGCAAGCAACUGGAGAUCAUGCAGAUCAUGACACGUGUUAACCACAAGGUGGCGCUGGAAUUUAAAUCCUCCUCCAAUCUGCCAGGGUUUGAUGGCAUGAAACAGAUCCCAUGCAUUGUGUCCAUGCUGACCAAAGAACUCUAUUUCUCUAAAUAAUUCAUGUGUAUUGUACUGAUUACAUUGCAGUGGGUAUGAACACAUUUAAAUCAUUUUGAAUAAUAUUAUGCAGCCUUUUAAAGCACUGCAGACAAAGGGGGGAAAAGGGAUAAAAAGGGAAUUUAUUUAAUCACAAAUAUUUUAAUUGAUCUGUAUCUUUUUAUGUGAAAGUCUGGGAGUCUGAAAGUUCACAAUUCUCAUGUUUAUCAUCAGCAGGCAUUAAAGAUUAUCUGACAAGAGGAAGUUCUGAACAUAAACACGAUUUGUAUUAUGAUAAAUAAACAUUUUGCUUGGGUAUUUAG